AUGAAAAGGGCCAGCCUCCGUGUAAAUCCUGUCGAGAAGCUGGCAUACCUGCUGAAGAAUGUCAGGGGACAGCCAGACUUGGAUCGUGAAUACCGGCACCCUCGCACAAGAGCGGAUAAGUCCACCAAAAGUGGCUCGAGCAGCACUAAAGCGCGGCGCUCUGGUACAGACGCUUCUUCGUCUCUGUUGGCUCAACAGCGCCAGGCCGAGAAUUGGGAUGGCCUUCCUCCUCUCCAAGAACUCAUUGACGGCGUUCAUCUUUUCACCAAGCAGUAUUUUCAACUUGGUUUCAUACCCAAGGAGCAGUAUCCAGAGCGUCUACGCAAGGACUUGCGUUCAACGAGCCUAUUUCUACUCAUGAGUAUUCUUAGCAUCUCAGCACGGUUAAGUCCUGCGUUCAAGGUACGAUAUGGCACCGGUGUCAAGGCUGCCGAGUAUUUCAUGGAAAGGGCCUCAUCCAUAGCGAUUGAGGAAGUGUACCAAGAGCCUACGUUGGAAAGGUGCCAAGCAUUUUAUUUGCUGAGUAUUGCCCAACAAGGCAGUGGAGAACGCAAUAAGAGCUAUAUCAAUAUGGGUAUUGCUAUCCGAAUGGCCAUACUGAUGCAGCUUCAACGAGAAGAAACAUAUCACAUUCCGAGCCCAACGCCAGACCUAAUCAUACGCGCCGAGUCGGCAAGACGAACACUUUGGAUGCUGUACAGCCAGGACAAUUUGCAUUCAGGUCCUUUGUCUCCCGUGUCCCUCUUCGCUGGGGAUAUUACGACGCUUCUGCCUUGUAACGAAGAAGACUUCGCUCAUGGCCGGGAACCACGGUCACGGGCUGCUUUGGAAGGAACACCCCCAGCCAUGGACAAUCCCAAGUUAAUUCGAGACGCCAACCGAUCACUCUUUGCAACAUUGAUGCAAAUCCAUUCCUGGUGGGGUCUCGUCGGCCGCCGUGCGGUUAGAUACAGUAAAAGUCCUCGACCUUGGGACCCAGCCAGCGAAUUUUCACAAACAGCCAGAAAGCUGAGGGAAUGGGAACAAGACCUACCCCACGAACACGUAUGGAGCACUUAUCUCCUCAAGGGAUACAAGGCGGAAAGCCAAGAACUCGCAUACCUGUGCGUGACAAUGAUGACCCGACUGUCCAACAUUGUCCUCCGCAGACCAUAUCUGAUAGACAUCAUUAAACCUGAUACAAAAGACCCAACAAAACAAGCCUUCUUCACAUCCAUGUCCAACGAAAUCUUCACCAACGUCCGCUACCUCUACGAACAAAUCGACGCCCAGUUUACCAACCGCUCACCAGACGAGAGUGUCGGUGCCCAAAUCGCCGCCUUUUGCGUCUACAGCUGUGGCCUCUUCUCAACCUAUCUCUGCAAAUACCCAAAUAUCUGCCAAGACAAAACGCUCGUUCGCGACGGACCCAUGAUGCUCCAACGAACAAUCAACAUCCUCAAAGAAUGCCGAGAAGUAUGGCCCUUAGCAGCCCGUUGGGUAGAAGCCCUCGAAAAGUUCUCCCUCGACCCCCAGUCCGCCACGUUCGGCAACGAAGGCAGCAUGGACGACGGCAAAGAUCCCAUCCCCCGCGCCAUCCGCCAACUACCACCUCUGUUCCCUCAAGCUACCAACAAACCUCUCCGUCCUCCUCCGCCUCCGCCUCCAUCCCUCCCCGAACCAAAUGUCCUGCUCCGACCAGGAACCCAGCCCGAACUACCGCCCGCAUCAUCCAUCACUUCACCGGGCAUCGUGAACACCCUAUCCCAUAUCAACGGCCACUUACCUUCUCCCCCUCAACACGGAUACCCGACUCCAGCACCGUUACCACCAACAAUCUCUCCGCACCCAUAUCCUAACCAUCUCCCGCCGCCUCAGUCAAACAUGUACAUGCACUCUAUGGGUCGCCAAAACGUAGAUGGACUAGGUAUGCUCAUCGAGGCUUUCGACUCGAAUCACGGUCCUCCGGCACCACACUACGGCGCAGGCAACUAUAAUCCACAAUUGGGACCCGGAACAGAUGGUUUUGAAGGUGAAUUGCAGUUUUAUAUUGACGGCCCUCCAUCUACGUGGAUAAGUAGCAGUCCUUGGCUCGACACCAUGCAAUGA